AUGGAUAUAGUCUAUAUCUAUGCUAUCAUCGCCAGCAGUAUCUUCGUUUGCCUUUCCUUGAAGCACUGCCUGUCUUUCCUCGCCCAAUGGAAGAGUUUACUGUCUGUCAUUUAUCAUCGACACCUGGUGUUGCCUUGUGUUAUUCAUAGGCAUCGCUUCUGCGGCCCAUGGACCAGAGCUGGUGUUUUACUUAGCUUGCUAUGCGCUUUUCUUAAUAUAUUCUCAAUUUUCUUUGGCAUAGGUUCAUGGAACGAGUCUGGUUCCAGGGCUGGGAAACUAUCUUUGAUCAACCUGAUUUUCCCUAUGUCUGCAAUUCACUUGAGCUACUCAGCUGACAUUUUAGGAAUAGCAUUGAGCACGUGCCAGAAGAUUCAUCGCAUAACUGGCUGGACAGCUCUUGCCCUGAUGUCGUUUCACAUAUCUAUGACUGUCCAAGCCCGAGGGUUUACUUUUUCGCUCCGUGAGCUACCCAAUCUAUUUGCGAUCCUUGCUGCAAUAUCAUUGUUAAUAAUGAUCAUUACCUCCAAUCGAUGGUUUCGUCAAUGGUCUUAUGAGAUCUUUCUCCGCGGACACCAAUUUCUGGCCGGAUUUUGCGUCUACAGUACCUGGCAACAUCUGAAAUCCAGUCGGUCGAGGUUAUAUCUAUUGAUUGCAUUGGGGCUACUUGGGCUGAACCUUUUGCUGCAAUUAACGACCCUUCUAUAUCGAAACGGUCUAUUCGCGAGGCGUGGUUCUCCUAGAGCCAUAGUAACAUUUAGCACGAAUAAAGCUGAGAACAGCGGACUCCUGGUAAAUGCCAUUCAUAUCCGCAUUUCUCUACCACGCCCCAUCAGGGUCGAGCCAGGACAGUAUAUCAAUAUCUGGAUGCCAUCAGUUAGUCUAUGGUCAUGGACGCAAUCUCAUCCUUUCACAGUUGUCUCCUGGUCGAAGGAUGCACAGAACAGCAUUGAGCUUUUAGUGCAGCCAUGUAGUGGCUUGACGGCCGAUCUUUGCCGCUAUGCUCCAGAUGCUGCUGGUAGUUCCUUAUCAUUCCUGGCCUUGUUCACUGGUCCUCAUGGAUUGAGUGAAGAUGUCGGCCGAUAUGAAACCAUCCUAGUGCUUGCCAGUGGCUCUGGAAUUGCGGCAGUGAUCCCUUAUCUGAAGAAAACAAUAUACGGAUAUAAUACCUGCACGUCACAAGCCCGGCGGCUACAUCUGGUGUGGCAGGUAGAAUCGAUCGACAAGAUGACUCCAGCUCUGGCUAUGCUCAAUAACUUGUUGAAAGACGAUAUCAUGGACGACGGAUAUAUACUGCAUAUCUCUAUCUAUGUCCGGUACGGCCUUGAGCAGAAUAUAUUCGCAGUUGGCCGUCACAAGAGAGUACGCAUUUACCGGGAAGUUCCCAAUUAUCGAGCCAUUAUCUCGCUGGAAACAUCCGGCGAUCUAAUUAAGAGACUGCCUAACACCUGCGACCAGCGGGGUGAUACCUUAGUGAUGAUCUCUGCGACAGACAGUCUUCGGGAUCAUGUGAGGGACACGAUACGUGAGAACUUUCAUAAGGGGGUGAGGAUCUCAGAGCAAGAGUAUCAGCCCAUCAUGGAAUCUGGAUUGGAUCAAUGUUCGAAAACCCGCAUCAAGUCUGAUUCCACUAAUGACACGCGCCAUUCGGAGUGGGACGAAUUGACUUUGGUAGGGUCGAAUGAGAAAGCUUCCCGGAUGCAAAAGAAAUCUACGUACUGA